AUGCUCGCGCGAGCAGCAGGGCGGAAACUCCGCAAAGAUGCCUUUAGAGCGCCCACGACGCUGUCAGAUCAACUAACGCUGCCAUGGCUAUGCCCAGCGUUAUCACGGAGCACCUCGCAUGCGCCUUCCAUCUCAUCCACAAUCGCACUCGACUCGACUCGACGGCAGCGGCAGCGGCAACGGCCCUCUUCACUGUCCACACGGCACGGGACACGCUCCCUCGCUACAUCCGCCGAACUCCAACCCCCACCACCCUCAGCGCUCCCCUUCGAUCCCUUUGCGCGGUCGUUGGGGCGCCAAUUCCAAUCACCCGAGCUCUCUCGCCUCCCGGAAUGGGACCCUCGGAAUCCCCUCGUCGUCCGUGACUCGCUGGCGGCGUCGCCCUCAGUACGUGCCGUCAACGGUGUAGGCGGUGACCCAGUCGAGCUUCACCAAAACCUAUACGCCUGUCUGCGCGUUGGACGACUCGACCGGGCCGCCAUCAUCAUCGACCGCCUUACCACCGUCUACAACAACGAUGCGCCAGAACUCAUCGACGCACACAAUGUCUAUUUGCACACACUGCUCGAAGUUGGCCAAAUGGACCCAAGUGCUGAGAGCAUGAAGAAGGUCCAGAGUUGGUACGAGGAUAGAAUGCUAGCCAAGGGCGUUGAAGCGAAUGCGCAAACCUUUGUUACGCUGAUCCGGUCCGCCAUGAACUUUCUCGACAAUGGUGCAGACGAGGCCGCAGUACGGGAUUACAUCGCAACAGCACGCAAAUACGGCGAGCAUGUCGUCGACCAGAUCAACGCCUCGCCCGACUUCUCUGAUGAGGAGUGGGAUUUGCUCAUUCGCCUGCAACCAGAAUCUUUCAACGAACCCCCGCCCGUCGAGCAUGUUCAGGAUCUCCACGUCAGCACACCUUCCGGUCGCAAGAACCUUAUCGAACACGGCCUGGUAUCCCACCCAUCACAACCGAUCAAACCUGUCAAGCAAAAGGGCAUGGGUCUGGAUACACUGAAGCAAGCCCUUACCAUCUUCGACGAUGAGGCCCGCGUUCCAUACCCGCACGACAUGCAAGGUACUCGGGAAGAAAAGGACAAGGCCUACGCAUAUGCGCGGCAACUCCAGAUGGAACAGGAUGGCAUGGAAGCCGCUGUUGAGAGGUGGAAAGCUGAAGACGAGAAACUGCAAGAGAUUGGCAUCCACGGCGUCAUGAACACCAAGUCUAUCCAGGCCAUCAUGUAUGGCUGGUAUUCUGCCCUCGUACCGCUGUUCAAACAGCGUAUUGAGAAUGCCAAGGAGGUUUUAUCUGAUCCCGUCAAAUCAAAGUCGCGUGACGAUGCCGUGGCCUACGGUGUCUGGCUCGAGAGGUGUAAGCCUGAGAAGCUGGCGGCAAUCACCGUUGCUCGGGCUACCCAGGCUGCUGUAAAGGGCAAGAAUGAGGACAACUCUGCCUACAAGAUUUCGGCCCUGUCUAUUGCUGUCGGUACCGAUAUCCAGGACUAUCUCAACGCUGAGUCGCAGUCUCGGCGAGACGCUUUCCUCAGAAAGCAGCGGAAGCAAACUCGGAUGAACUUGGUCAACAAACUUUCCAAGGAGACUCGAGAGACGCCUUCUGGACUGCCACCCCAGAAGCCACUCUAUUCACUCGAAAAGGCCGCCAUACCACUAGCGGCACGGACAAGGCUUGGAGCCCUCUGCUUGGAGCUCUUACUCCAAUCUGCAACCCUUACCGUGACUGCAAGCGACCCAAGGACGGGUAAGCAGGUGUCUCGUAGUAUGGCAGCCUUCCACCACUCAGUUGGUUUUCAUCAGGGCAAGAAGCUUGGCUAUCUCGUGCCUCAUCAUGAGCUCAAUGCCAAACUGCGAACCGAAUCUGUUCAUAGCAUCCAGACAGUCAGGUUACCAAUGGUAGUCGAACCGAAACCAUGGUCUAGUUUCGAAGAUGGUGGAUACUACACCAUUCCGCAAAAGGUCGUUCGACAGAAGGGUGGUGACAGUGCACAGAGAGCUUAUGCCCAGUCGGCCAUCGAGAACGGUGACAUGUCCAAGGUCAUGGCUGGUCUAGACGUGCUCGGUCGGGUGCCUUGGCAAAUCAAUGCUCCCGUAUUUGAGGUCAUGGCUCGAGCCUGGAAUUCAGGAGAGACUAUUGGGGAUCUCGUAGGAGAAGACUCCGUCGCCAACCAAAAGCGUCCCCAGGAACCACCAGCGGAUGCAACAUUCCAGGAAAGAGCAAAAUGGGGCAAGGCUCUGAAGGAGUACGAGAAUCUCAUUGGUGGCCUCCAUUCGCAGCGAUGUUUCCAAAAUUUUCAACUGGAGACAGCACGGGCAUAUUUGAACGAAAAGAAGAUUUUCUUCCCGCACAGCGUUGACUUCCGAGGUCGUGCCUACCCCAUCCCACCUAUCCUCAAUCACAUCGGGUCUGAUAUCUCGAGAGGACUUUUAAAGUUUGCGCACGGUAAAGAGCUUGGUACCGUCGGUUUACAAUGGCUCAAGAUUCAUUUAGCCAACCUUUACGGUUACGACAAGGCUAGCCUACGUGAACGUGAACAAUUCACAAUGGACAACAUCGACGAAAUCUACGACUCUGCGACGAAUCCGUUGGAUGGCAGACGGUGGUGGUUGAAAGCAGAAGAUCCUUGGCAAUGUUUGGCCUGCUGUAUGGAGCUGAAAAAUGCUUUCGACUUGCCCGAUCCGACUCGAUUUCUAUCACAGCUACCGGUUCACCAGGAUGGAACAUGUAAUGGGCUUCAGCAUUACGCAGCCUUGGGUGGUGACUACGCUGGUGCUCGUCAGGUCAACCUUGAGCCCUCUGACAGACCGCAAGAUAUCUACACUGGCGUUGCUGAACUCGUGAAAGAGAUGGUCGCAAAAGACGCCGCUGAAGGCCGUCCAACUGCGUGCUUUAUUGACGGUCACAUUACCCGAAAAGUUGUCAAGCGAACCGUCAUGACCAAUGUUUAUGGAGUUACCUUCAUGGGUGCGAAACAGCAAGUACAAGAUGAGCUACGCAAUUUGUUUCCUCGAUUCGAGCCUACAGAAAAGGUAACGUCGCUUGGUAGCGUCGCUUUGUAUGUUGCCUACAAAAUCUUCGACGCGCUGGGCAAAAUCUUCAACGGCGCCCAAGAGAUUCAAUACUGGCUCGGGGAAUGUGGCGACCGCAUAACGACAUCGAUUACUGCCGAGCAAAUUAAAAGGAUCAAAGACCGCUUCGAAGGAUCGGAUCCUACGAAAGCUUUGUAUGACACCAAGUUUGCGGCACCGAAGAAGGUUUCUACAGCCCAGUUGAACAAACUCAACAAGGGCAUGGAAAACUUCCAAACUAGCAUCAUCUGGACUACGCCGCUCAAGAUGCCUAUUGUGCAACCCUAUAGGAAAGAAGGUACCCAGAAGAUAAAGACCAAGAUCCAGGACAUUACAGUCUCAAAGAAGUCUCAGCAGGAUGAGGUCGACAAACGCAAGCAGCUCCAGGCAUUCCCGCCCAACUUCAUCCACUCUCUCGAUGCGAGCCAUAUGUUGCUUUCGGCGCUGAAGGCCAGCGAGAUGGGUCUCGACUUCGCCGCCGUUCACGACAGUUUCUGGACACACGCUUCUGAUAUCCCCAAUCUGAACGUCAUUCUUCGCGACGCAUUCGUGCGCAUGCAUACCGAGGAUAUUGUCGAUCGUCUUGCUGCCGAGUUCGCUGCGCGUUAUUCAGGUGCUAUGUACCGAGCGACUCUUCAUAUCGGAGCGGAAGUUAGCCGGAAAAUCACGCUAUGGAGACAUGAGCGUCGCCAGAAGAAUGGUACUCGCGCGAAGAGUAAUGGCGCGCGACACGGAGAUGCCUCGUUUGAGGAAGUUGCGCUUGAGGCUAAACGACAGGAGAUGCUGAAGAGUGAAGAUCCUGAGAAGAGGAAGCAAGGUGAAGAGAUGGUUACGCCGACAAGCAUCUGGCUUGCGUAUCAGGAUCCUAAAGCACUUCACUCUUUCAGACUCAGUCUUCUUGGUGAGACCAAAGACAAGCAGUCGGCGGAUAGGCAGACCCAGGUCAAGGAUGAGGCCUUGGGCAAUGAAGCUGACGCUGUCACCACCACUGAAUCUACGAUGGAUAUUGUCGAAGACGAGGCCCAAGAUCUUGCAAAGGACCCACAAAGCGGUGGUGUAGCCAAGAAGAAAUCUGCGUCCCGCAUCGCCGCCGACCAGGGCACAAUUCAAGUAUGGAUUCCGCUCAGCUUCCCGCCCGUCCCGCAGAAGGGUGGCUGGGACGUUUCACGCCUCCGCGAAUCCAAAUACUUCUUCUCAUGA